AUGCGUGCGACUCCGAACGAGAUUGAUGACGUCAUAAAACGGGCGCGUUGUGACGUAUGGACGUCUGAAACCAUUUCUCAAUGCAUCACCACCAUUCACCGCAAGGGCUGUGGAGAGGCGCUUCGCCUCUGCGCCGUUUCAAUUCAAGUUUUCGCUCACGUUCUACCACGCCGCGCCAUUCUAACUCUAGACGCUGCCACCCCAAUAUGCACGCCGUCCGCAGUUCGCCACAGUCGGUGUUGUAUACGCAUAGCUUCCCAUCACAACUUCUCUGCCACUGCAGGUUGUCCACAGGCUCUCUGUUCCAUCAUCGUCGUUACGGGUGGGCCAUGGUUUAAAUGA